AUGUCAUUAAUAGAUUAUAUUGAGGAUGAUUAGACUUACUAAUUUACUAAAUAUCUGAACCUAGCAAAGACUGAAUAAGAAAAGCAACUUUUUGAUAGAUUUGCAUAUGGAGUUUGUGAUCCGUCAAUUAAGUAUCCAAAUGAGAAAUAAAAAAAGAAAAUGAUUAUACUUACCAUUCUAUAAUUGUGUUAGAGAAAUAAAUGUGUGACUUUUGAUAAUAUAUAGCAGGCUUGUUUUUUAAAUUCCAGAGCUGAGAUUGAAUAGUUAUUAAUUGAUCUCAUUCAAAAAGAAUUGAUUCUUGGCACUAUAGAUGACUAAAAAGGAUGCUUAAAUAUCUAAAGAUGUAUCAGCAGAGAUGUUAGAAAUUCCGAUAUUCCAGCUAUGAAGAAGUAGAUUGAAUCCAUGUACGAGAGAGUAAAACAUUUGAAACAAUAGUUAAAAUAAUAAUGA